AUGGGUGUCACGAACAGAAUCGACGUCCACCACCACUUUGUCCCGGACUUUUACCGUGAAGCUUUGCAAAGCUCUGGUGGUGAUCCAUCCGGUUGGUUCAUUCCUGACUGGACGCCCGAGCUGGAUGCGAAGGUGAACAAGCAGUUUGGCAUCACAACUAGCAUUCUCUCCUUGACAGCCCCGGGAGCCUGUAUCCUUAAAGACCCUGAGGCCUCAGCCAAUCUGGCACGCAACACCAAUGAAUAUGCUGCCAAACUCCGCGAUGAGAAACCCCAGGAGUACGGGUUUUUUGCAUCGCUGCCCAGUCUCCUGGAUAAAGAACUGGCGCUCAAGGAAAUCGCCUAUGCAUAUGAUGUACUCAAGGCCGACGGCGUGGUGCUCUUCACCCGGUAUGGCGAGGACAACCACUACCUGGGUCAUCCGGACUUCGAAGAUAUCUGGGCCGCGCUCAACCGUCGCUCGGCCGUCGUCUUAGUGCACCCUACCCACCCAGUUGACACCAGCCAAGUUAGUGGCCUGCCACAGCCGGUCAUCCGGUACCCGUUCGAGACUACCCAAGCCGCCCUCGACAUGCUGUAUAAUAAGACGGUCCGGAACAACCCCAACUGCAAGAUCAUCUUGUCCCACGCAGGUGGCACUUUGCCCUUCCUCCUCAGUCGUCCAGCCAGUAUCCUGACGAAGACAUCGGAGGAGCUGGACGCCUUCUGGGAUGAUGCCCGCAAUUUCUACUACGACACGGCUGUAGCUGGCUCGGAGAACGUGCUGCGUGUCAUGGAAACUUUCGCCAAGCCUGGUCACCUCCUAUACGGCAGCGACACGCCGUAUGCGAACAAUGACAUCGUCAAUUUCCACACAUCACGCCAGGACAACUACCAGUUUGAGGAUGCCAGUCUCGCUGAGAAGAUUAACCGUGGGAAUGCCCUAGCCUUGUUUCCUCGACUGAAGUAGCCCAGACCACAUGGGACAAAGGGCCUAGCUUGUUAAUUAGGACUCUGCCCAAAUUGAACUUGCUUCACAAAACCAUGAUACAUCCAGUCACCUCCCUUCCCCACUGUACGCAAAUGCCGCAGUGACCUCUUGCAGAGUCUCUUUGAUAUGUAGAGAAUGCGCGAUGGGUCCUGUCAGUGUAGUGC